AUGUCUUCUAGGCUGUCUUUGAACAGCUUUUUGGUAAAGGCCAGGGCUGCUUUGACAGCACCUGCUGCGCAACGAACGGUACCUCUCACUUUUGUUGUAGGAAACGAGUCUGCAGAUCUUGAUUCUCUCUGCUCAGCUGUUGUUUAUGCCUAUCUUCGCAGCCAUGCCCCUCCUCACACUCUACACAUCCCCCUCUCAAACCUUCCCCGCGAAGACCUGGCCCUUCGCACUGAGAUGUCAGCUGUUCUCAAACAUGCUGGGCUUACGCUGAAAGACCUCUUGACUUUAUCUGAGCUGCCGGACUUGGAACCUGAAGAGACACGCUGGUUGCUGGUUGAUCAUAAUUCACUCACGGGCCCACUUACAAAAUACUCCGAACAAGUUACAGGCUGUGUCGAUCACCACGCCGAUGAAGACGUCGUGAGGAAAGAUGCCAGCCCGAGAGUCAUCGAACCUUGCGGAAGCUGCAUGAGUCUGGUCGUGGAUGAGGAGCGCAAAAUCUGGGAGGAGCUUUCGACCAAGGAUGCGGAGGACAGCGACGCAGCUACUGAGAACGAUAAACUCGUCAGACUUGCUAUAGGUCCUAUCAUCUCCGAUACGAUAAACAUGACAGCUGAAGCAAAGGUCCGCGAGAGGGAUCUCAAGGCUGUGUCAUUCCUGGAGGAGCGCAUGACUUUCGACCGCACAGCCUACUUUGACGAAAUCUCCGCCGUAAAGGAGGACAUUUCUGACUUGAGCUUCCGAGAUAUUUUCCGAAAGGAUUACAAAGAGUGGAGCGGUUCAGGUCUGAAGCUCGGAAUCAGCUGCGUCGUGCAAAACUUUGACUACCUCAUCAGCAAAGCCGGCGCCGCAGAGCCUAUGCUGGAGGCCUUUGAAGACUGGGUCAAGGAGCGCGAGCUUGAUGUGGCGAGUAUAAUGACCACGUCGCAUCCCGAGGGCGAAUUCCAGCGACAUCUUCUUGUGUGGGGUAUCAGCGAUGAGGGUCGCGAGGCGGUGGAUAGGUUCGUGGCUGAUGCGGGAGAGAAGUUGAAGCUUGAGACGUAUAAGAAUGGAGAGCUGGAUCAGCAUGGCCAUAGUAGGUUUGCAUGGAGGCAGCAUGAGCUUGCGUCGAGCAGGAAACAGGUUGCGCCGCUUUUGAGAGAGGCUCUUAAGAAGAGUUGA